AUGCAAACAAUCGAAAGCUUUUUGAAAGACUCAAUCACGUCGGAAAUCACCCCAGAUAAAAUCUCCACGUUGAAACCAGCCUGUUUCAGGUUUUGGAAGACCUACGACGGAUUGGACCUCAAUUCGCGCAAGAUCAUCCAGGAAAUCUUUUACGAGAUCGAGUCCUUGAAAGAGAAAAACCACUUGGUUGUGAAACGAAUCAGUUUCAUUGGCUAUAGCUUAGGUGGAUUGAUUUCGCGAUAUGUAAUUGGCUUGCUAAACGAAAUUGGCUUUUUCGAACAAGUCGAGCCUGUAUUUUUCACCACUUUUGCUACACCUCACUUGGGGAUAGAGUUUUUCAAAAAAAAUGUCUUUGAUGGCAUCGCCAACCAUGUGGGGCCCUAUUUGUUUGGGAAAAGCGGAGGGCAAUUGUUUCUUGCCGACCACGAAAAAUUGCUAGUCCAGCUUGCCGACCCUGACAAGAAAUUCUUGCAAGGUCUCAGCAAGUUCAAACGUCACAUCUUGCUCGCUAAUGUCAAGAAUGACAGAACCGUGGCGUUCUACACCUCCUUCAUCACCCUGUAUUCCCCAUUCGAAGACUUGGAUAAAGUAAAGAUCAAGUAUUUGAAAAAAUUGCCGCACACGAGGAUCGCGGGGAAGUUGGUGAGGCCGAAAUUUAUCGAUUUGAACAGGUCUCACGUGGUGCCCUUGCACGAAUCACGCCUUUUCAAAGGCAACAUCCAAGAGGAGACCCCACUUAUAAGGAAAAACAAGUAUUUGAAGAUAUUGGUGAUUAUCUUGUUGACCUCCUUGUUUGUGCCCGUCUGGAUCCCAUUUAUCUUCUCCACGAGCAUAACGGUGUCCAUCUACAGCUUUGUCAAGGUCAAGAUCCACAAGUUGCCAAAUGUCAAACACCAUUGGAAACGAGUGUUGGAAUACGUUUACGAAAACUCGCCCAUUGACCCGGAAGAUCUCAAGGCUAGUCGGAAACUGAGGGAAAAGAGGAGCCAGGUUGAAAAUCAUGAAAGCUUCAAAGGCGACACUUCACACAUCACCGAGGGAACAAUGGAAGGCAUGCUUUAUGCCGAAGAGAGGUUUGCCGAUAGAAACAAGAGCCAGGAUUCCCGAGCUAACGAAGAAGAAGAAGAAGAAGAAGAAGAAGAAGAUGAUGAUGAUGAAGAUGAUGAAGAUGAUGAAGAUGUAGAUGCAGAUGCAGAUGACUCUUCCUCUUUCUCCGGCAGAGUAUCAGUUCCCGAGUCACAGCUCGAGGGGCAGGAGAAUGGCGAUUUCAAAGUGGGCAACAGCAUGGGUCCAAAAAUGAAAAAGGAUAUAUUGUCGGGAAAGAAAAUCUCCACCUCAAAGCUAGUUGACAUGGACUACGAGUUAAACGAUAAGGUCAUUGUCGAGCAUAUCCCCACGCUAGAAAACUACACUGACUCCAAACUUUUUGAAAAAAGAGUCGAACUCCCGUUAAGCAACGACAAGAGAUACAUGAUGGAAAACUUGAACAAGAUCAAGUGGAUCAAAGUACCCGUGUUUUUGGAUGUCUGGAAUGCGCAUGAUGGCAUUGUAAGCCGUCGAGGUCCAAAGACUAAUCCGAAAGGAGCUGCCACAAUCGGCCUCUGGGUUUCGGUUUUGAGAACUUACAUGCAAGGUGAAGAUAAAUAUAGAGAUAAUGAUAGCACCUUGGUUGAUGUAUCCUGA